GUGAGUUGAGCAGUGCGCAGUACAGCGGCUUCUCCACAGACAUGCGUCGGAGCGUAAACACUGAACGUUCGGUACCAAUAAACCUCCUAUUUAUGGAUAUUUAGAGAGAAGAAUUUUCUGCACAUUAAACGGAAACCAUGAGCACCGUAUUCUGCUGUGUUUUGUUUGCAUUAUUCUCAAUGGCUCUUUGCAUGGACUUUGAGGAGAGACCCAGCUCCAGGAGGAGUGAACAAAACAUGUUUCUAAAGAGUCACAAAAUACGAAAUCUGCUCAGUUUGAGAGAUUUACACCAGCCGGAACAUAUAAAGAUGAAAAGGAGUGAAGAAUCCGCACAAAAUCAGUGUGAAUCGUUGCACGGAUACGAACCUACAUUAAAAAACAAUACUAAUACGUAUAACUUCAAUGACCUGAGUGGUUCAGUAUCUCUGGCCUGGGUUGGAGAUGGCACAGGGGUAUUGCUGGCGCUGACCACUUUCCAGGUUCCACUUUUUAUCAUGCGGUUCGGUCAGUCCAGACUCUACAGAAGUGAAGACUAUGGAAAGACUUUUCAGGACAUCACUGACCUCAUUAACAACACCUUCAUACAGACCGAGUUUGGCAUUGCAAUCGGUCCUGAAAAUUCAGGCAAGGUGAUCCUCACAGGUGAUCUAACCGAGGGAAGAGUCACUAAAAUUUUCCAUUCGGUUGAUUUUGGGAAUAGUUUCGUGACCUCUGAGCUUCCCUUCCAUCCCUUAAUGCAGAUCACCUACAACCCCAGAGACAGCAACAUACUCAUGGUCUACAGCAUCAAUUAUGAUUUAUGGCUGUCUGAGGACUUUGGAGCCAACUGGAGGAAGAUCCAUGAGACAGUAUGUCUUGUGAAAUGGGGAAUUGAUGACACCAUUUUCUUAACCACAAACCCCAAUGGAUCCUGCACUGACCGGGGAAUGCUAGAAUUGAGAAAGUCUUUAGACUAUGGUAGAACAUUUAAGACUAUUGGAAGCAAGAUCUAUUCUUUUGGGAUUGGUGGACGCUUUGUUUUUGCAUCUGUCAUGACAGACUCGGGCUCCACACGUAUGAUUCAUGUGUCGGUAGAUCAGGGUGAGACGUGGAACAUGGCUCAGCUCCCCACUGUUGGCCAUGAACAGUUCUACUCCAUUCUGGCUGCCAAUGAUGAUAUGGUCUUCAUGCACGUAGAUGAACCUGGUGACUCAGGUAUUGGUACCAUCUAUGUGUCUGAUGACCGGGGCAUAGUGUUUUCCACGUCCCUGGAACGUCAUUUGUAUACUACGACAGGUGGAGACACGGACUUUACUAACAUCACCUCUCUGAGAGGGGUCUAUAUGACCAGUGUGCUCGCAGUGGAUGGCUCUGUGCAGACAGUGAUCACAUUUAAUCAGGGGGGAGAGUGGAGACCCCUGCAGAAGCCCUGGAAUGGAGUAUGUGACUCCACAACCGAGCACCCAGGCAAGUGUAGUCUGCAUAUUCACGCCUCCUACAGUAUUUCUAUGAAACUGAAUGUGCCUAUGCAGCCCCUCACAGAGCCCAAUGCUGUGGGACUCAUCCUGGCCCAUGGGAGUGUUGGUGGAGCCAUUUCUGUGCUUUCUCCAGACGUGUAUGUGUCAGACGACGGGGGUUACACAUGGUUUCAGGCUCUGAAAGGCCCACACCACUACGCCAUACUGGAUUCAGGGGGUCUUCUGGUAGCUGUGGAGCACAACCCCACACACCCCAUCUCACAGAUCAAAUUUUCCACUGAUGAAGGUCAAUGUUGGCAUGUGUUUAAUUUCACUGAUGACCCAAUAUACUUCACUGGAUUGGCAUCAGAACCUGGUGCCCGUUCAAUGAACGUCAGUCUGUGGGGCUACAGGGAGACCGUCCUUAAUCAGUACUGGGUUUCUGUCACUAUAGACUUCAGGCAGUUGCUCUCCAGAGACUGUCGGGAAAGUGACUACAUCCAGUGGCUCGCCCACUCCAGCGAUAUUAGUGACCCCACUGACGGGUGCAUGCUGGGGUACAAGGAGAGGUUUCUACGGUUACGAAAAGACUCCGUCUGCUGGAAAGGUCGGGAUUAUGCGGUCAUGAAGGAGCCCACCACGUGCCUCUGCACCCUCGCUGAUUUUCAAUGUGACUUUGGGUUCUACCAUGCAGAAAACAGCUCUGUGUGUGUGGAGCAGCCUGAUCUUAUUGGCCAUUCACUGGAGUUCUGCCUGCAUGGACGCAAAGAGCAACUUCAAACCAGCGGUUAUCGGAAGAUUCCAGGAGAUCAUUGUAAUGGAGGAAUGACUCCAGAAAGAAAAGAGAUUGAUCUGAGUAAGAAGUGUGUUAGUAACUUACUGAGGCCAGAGCUACUGACAGAGUCUCCCUCAGUGAACUCAGGUCCUAUUAUAGCUGUGGUAAUCACAGUUCUGUUGAUCAGUGCCAUCGCUGGGGUUCUCUUCAUCAAAAAAUAUGUCUGUGGAGGAAGGUUCCUUGUACACAGGUACUCAGUAUUGCAGCAGCACGUUGAAGCUAACGGUAUUGAUGGUGUGGAUGACCUGGAUACACUGGAGGUUGGCAAGAUGCAUUACCAUGACGAUUCAGAUGAGGACCUCCUAGAGUGACAUCAAAAUAAUGGACUAUAUCCAAUUCCAUAAGAGAAAAACCAUAAUGCCUAUCCUUUCCAUGUCCUCUGUGUGUGUGUAUCAGUGUUCCAAUGCCUACCAGAUAAUAACACACAUUCUGACUGUAGUGUCUUCCCAGUUCAUUGGAUUCUAGUUGGGACAAAUCUUUUAAUUCAGCCCAACAAGAUUUGACCACAUUCCAGAAGGACAAGAACAGAGAAAAUUUUUCCUUACGAGUUUUCUGAUCAACUGCGGAAUUAACUACUUCAUGCCCGUAUAUCUGUCAUUGCUUCCUGAUUUAUUUUUUAUUUUUUUCAUUUCAGAAUAUGACGGUUGUAUUUUGGAUGCAUAAAGGAUUUAUGUGAAUUUCAAUUGAGAGUUGCAAUAUAUUGUGAGUUUAUGUGAAAUGACACGGACACCUUGAAGUCAGGUGGCUUUCAGCAUAUUGUAUAACAAACUAACACUCUAUAUUGCCACUGUUAUUUGAGCAAUAUAUAAUGAGAAAGAGAUACAGUAAGGUUUGAAACAGAGUUAAAACUGACAUAAGUGCUUAUUGUUGCAUUGCUGGUUGCCCUGCAUCAGGUAUUAGCUCCACCAAAGGAUUUUCCUGCUUUUUAUGUUUGCAUAUUAAGAAACUGGUUUGAAGUCUCCCUGAGAUAUUUCGGAAAGUCUGUUUUUUGUUUUUUUCUCACACACACAAGUAGGUUCAUGAUUAUGUGAGCAUAAGCUUAAUGUUUGACUGUUACAGGGAUAUUCACUAUAGAAGUACAUUGCAACUUGUUUGUAAAGUUUGUUUCUUUAUUACACUAAUACCCUUGGAAAUGCGAUUUGGAUCUUAAAGAAACUUUUAAGUCAUUCCAUAAACCAAACCUUACUUUGCCUUUUACAGGUGACAUUCACUGCCAUUUCUAAUUUUAUUUUUAUUUUUAUUUUUUUUUGGACAUUCCUGUGUGCUUAGAUAUACAAUGCCCUUUGCAUACCUUCUAUGCACAAAUAAGGAUACAUUCUUCUUCCAGUUGAGUAUUACAUGUUACCAAUUUUAUUCUGUUUUGUAGUGUUAUAUUGUCAUUAGAUUUAAAGAAAAGAUUGACCAUUGACAGAAUAAUUUGGGGAUUUUAAGAAAUGGCACAUUGUCUUAAAAGCAUGGUUUUCAAUCAUCUUAAAUGUGGCCCACCUUAUGUAAUGGGUCAGAUGGAAUAAAUGAGUACAUAAAACAUAAUAGCAAUGCGGUAUCAUUCAGCAAUAGUUGUAUAUACAAUAACAAGACAAAAUGUUUAAUGUUAAUAAUGACAUUAAACAUUUUUACAGAAUAUCAACACAUCCUUCAUUAGGAUGUUGACAAUAUUAAGUGUACCUACAGUAAUUACCAGCCUAAUCAAACACGAAACUUUAUAUUUUUGGGGACUGUUUUGACUCAACUUAUAAGCUAAUUUGUAGUCAAUAAGCUGAAAGUUUUGAGUGCAGUUUUUUUGCACACACAAAGAAAUAGAUACCUCAGGGUUUAUAGAUGACAGUGGAUCACUCAUUUCAUUAAUGGUUAUGCAUGACAAAUGAAAGCUCAUUUGUAAAAGAGAGUUUAAUCAGGAUGAAUGUGGCUCUUCUAAAGCCAAUGUUUGACACGCUGUACCAUUAAAUGUGACUGCCAAUAAAAAAUACAUAAAAUAAAAAACCAUUUUUACGCCA